ACAUCCCCCAAUGAAGGCAGCCCCUUCCCUCUCCCUUUCCUCUGUCUUCCUCCCUUGUCGGAGCUCAGCCCCUCUCGGUUGGGCCCGUGGCGGUGGUGGCGGCGGCGGUGGUGGUUGUUGGGCAUGGCUUCCCAACAGAACCCACCAUUGGAGGAUAGCCUUUUCACCACAAUCAUCGCCAUUGACAAGGACAAGAGCAGCCAAUACGCCGUCAAAUGGGCCGUCGAUAACCUCCUGAGCAAGACAUCAAUUACCACCCUCAUUCAUGUCCGGAGCGUCAACUCUCAAACCCAAGAUGUGAACAUGGCACCUAAAGGAGGUCGCCCACCAACUGAAACUGAGAUGCAGCAGCUAUUCCUUCCUUUCCGUGGAUUCUGUGCUCGAAAAGGGAUUGAAGCCAAGGAGGUGGUCCUCCAUGACCUUGAUAUUGCAAGUGCACUUGUUGAUUAUAUCAGCAACAACUCAGUCGGCAAUAUUGUUGUCGGGGCUUCAAACCGGAGUGUUCUUACAAGGAAAUUUAGAAAUCCAGAUGUCCCAACUUGCUUAGCCAAGUCUGCACCGGAAUCCUGUGCAGUAUAUGUUAUAUCAAAGGGAAAGAUUCAGAGUGUCCGAUCAGCAAUUCGUUUUCAAACGCCUACUAGCAGUGUAUCUAGUGGUGUAACCCAAUUUCAAACACCUAAAGGUAUGUCCCCGAGGGGACCUUCUAAUCUGGGACGCCCUCCUCAACUUCCCACCGAAAGCCCAACCACUGAAGAUAUGGGCAGAUCUGCUUUUAGGGGGAGCUGGAGAAGUGUAGAGCCAGACAAUGGCUUUUUUGAUAGGAGCACUGAUUCCGUGCAGACGACUCCACGUGACAAGAUAAUGUCCAGCAGCAAGCUGUUUUCACCCCCUCAAUCGAGGGUGAACCUUCACCAUCGUCUCCGCAUAUCAGAGAAUUCAUCCCAUCAAGGUUCUGUAUCAGGCUCCAGUAAUUAUUCAGGGCCCUCCAGCUUGCGAUCAAGUAAUUCAUCCUCUGAGAAUUUAGAAUUCUCCGGGAGCUCCGGGAGUUCUCUCUCAUCACAAACUCAGAAUGAGAUGGAUGCUGAGAUGAAUAGAUUAAAGCUUGAACUAAAGCAAUCCAUGGAUGCGUACAACUCAGCUUCCAAAGAAGCAAUGACAGCCACACAGAGACACAGGGCAAGAGAUAUUCAUCAGAGGAAGACAGAGGAAGCACGUAGGUUCCCAGAAGCCAGAAUUGGUGAAGAGACAGCUUUAGCUAUAGUGGAGUUGGAGAAGCAGAAGAGCAGGAAAGCUAUGCAAGCAGCACAAAUGGCUCAAAGACUAGCUGAACUGGAAGCGCAUAAGAGAAAGAAUGCUGAACUGAAGGCCAAGCGUGAGGCAGAAGCGAGUGGAAGAGCAAUGGAUAAACUGUCGCAUAAUGACAUCCGGUAUAGGAAAUACACCAUUGAAGAUAUUGAAGUUGCAACUGAUUACUUCUCAAAUUCACUGAAGAUUGGUGAAGGUGGAUAUGGGCCUGUUUAUAAAGGCUCACUUGAUCAUACACCUGUUGCCAUUAAGGUUUUGAGACCAGACGUGUCACAGGGGCUGAAACAAUUUAAACAAGAGGUUGAGGUACUGAGCUGCAUGAGACAUCCAAACAUGGUUCUCCUUGUAGGUGCCUGCCCUGAGUAUGGAUGCCUUGUGUAUGAAUACAUGGAAAAUGGCAGUUUAGAUGACAGGCUUUUCAGAAGAAACAACACUCUCCCACUCCCAUGGGCAACCCGUUUCAAGAUAGCAUCUGAGAUCGCCUCUGCCCUUCUUUUCCUUCACCAAACAAAACCAGCUCCCCUAGUUCAUCGUGAUCUCAAGCCUGCCAACAUUCUCCUGGGCAGAAAUUAUGUGAGCAAGAUCAGUGAUGUUGGCUUAGCACGGCUGGUUCCAGCUUCUGUGGCUGAUAGUGUGACUCAAUAUCAUAUGACAGCAGCCGCUGGGACAUUUUGUUACAUUGAUCCUGAGUAUCAACAAACAGGAAUGCUAGGUGUGAAAUCAGACGUGUAUUCGUUAGGUGUAUUGUUACUACAAAUUAUUACAGCAAAGCCUCCAAUGGGACUGACCCACCAAGUUGCUAGGUCCAUUGAGAGAGGAACAUUUGCAGAGAUGCUUGAUCCAACAGUGGAAGAUUGGCCAGUUGAGGAGGCUUUAUCAUUUGCAAAAAUGGCUUUGAAUUGUUGUGAGCUAAGGAAGAAGGACCGGCCUGAUCUUGGUUCAGUGGUUUUGCCAGAGCUGAACCGGCUAAGAGAUCUCGGGUUGGAUCAUGAAGGCAGCUUGCAGGAUUAACUAGGGGCAUCUUAUAAUUCAGUUCUUUAAUUGAGAUAAGAUGUCAGUCAGGUCAGUACCAUUUGAAAGUUGCAACCACUGCACUAUAAAUCCAUUUGCAUAUACUACUAGAGUGCAGUUACCUCCUCCAGACCCCAUCAUCACCCAUAACAGCUGAUUUGCACUAUCAUGAAUUCUGUUUGGUAACCAAGAAAAUGGAGGAAAAGAAAUGAAAUAUUCAGCCCCACAAGAAGUGGCUGCAAAAUUCUACAUUCUCUUGCUUUUUCCUUCACCUUCUGGGCAAUCAAAUGCUAUUUAGAAUGCCUGUAAUCUCUGUUAUGUACAAUCAAGGAUGGAUGAGACAAUCCUAAAAUGGAAAUGUAAAUCCAAUGCAGAUCACUUUUAGAAGAGGGUAGCAACUGUUCAGUUCAAAACUGGAAAAGGGAGUUUGAAGACUCAUUCUGAAAAGGCCAGAUUCCAUCCACCUAGCCAAAAACAAGUCAGAAAAGGAGGGGAAAAAAGGGCAUAUGGAAGGUUAUCGGUUUUGUUUUUGUCCAUUUGUAAGUUGUCUGGAAUGCUCUCGUCUUGUCAACUAGUUGAAUAAAAUACCUUAAUUUAUAGUUCGUAUAAGACAUUCAGCAAAGAAACUUUUGAUGUUC